AUGCAGACGUCGGCCGCUCAGGUAAGCCGUGCUGACGCCUUCACGCCUCUUGCCCUGCUGACUGGCCUCCAGGCAGAGUCCAAGCCCACCAUCGAGAUGAGCUUAAGAGAACAUCUGCUCGCUGCCGGCGCUGGCCAGCCCACCGUCCAGCCUCUCUCCCAGCAGCCCCCGCAACAGCAGCAGCAGCAGCAUCCUCCCCACCCUCACCCUGCCGCCCAGCCCCACGCCAUUGACCCGGCCAUUGGCGGCCCGACCUACGACAUGAGUGCAGGCGGUCCCGACGACGGCAACACGAGCGAGGGCCGUAACAAGGGCCGCAGAGAGCUGUCGACGUCAAAGCGCGCUGCCCAGAAUCGCGCCGCCCAGCGCGCAUUCCGCCAGCGCAAGGAGGAGUACAUCAAGCAGCUCAAGGACCAGGUCAAGGAGUUUGAGCAGCUGUGCGAGCUGUACAAGACGCUGCAGACGGAAAACUACCAGCUGCGCGACUACAUCAUCAACCUGCAAUCGCGACUGCUCGAGACGCAGGGCGAGAUACCGCCUGCCCCGGCCGGCGUAGACCUCAACCGACCCCACGCCGAGCAAGCCAACAUGCACCCCCAGCCACAGCCCUCUCAACCCGCACAACAGCCCGAGCAAUCCCAGCAGCAACAGCCCAACUCGCAGAACAACAACUCGCACAACACCAAUGGAGGCCUGUCGGAGCGCCAGAUUGGCGAACUGCAAAUGGCGGCUCAAGCUGCCGCUGCCGCCCAGCACAGCUCAGCGGCUGGCACCAAACACGCCAAUGUCGAUAGCUCCUACGACUACACCGACAAGCGCCAAAAGACCGUUGACGUGUCUCCUCAAGGUCAGCUCCUUCCGCUACCCUCGUUGCCCGAUCCAAUUGCUUAUUAA